CAACACUCACCUAUCGCAGUGAAGGGGUGAUCGGUUUGGGUUUGGCAUAAUCGAUGCAGAGUUUUCCCCACAUGUAUCUCCCAGCGGUCAGUUUAAUAGUUUAACUAAAGAGUGUAUCAGAUACUUUAGUUUGGAGAACGCUUCCAUUUGGAUCUGAACUGUCCAGAAACGAUGGACUCGCUGUUGUAUUUAGCCGGCUUGGUCGUUUUGUUUCUGCUGUGGAUCAAAGUCAAAGGUCUAGAUUACGUGAUCGUUCACCAGCGGUGGAUAUUUGUGUGUUUAUUUCUGCUGCCGCUCUCCGUUAUAUUUGAUGUGUAUUAUUAUGUGCGGGCAUGGCUCAUUUUCAAGAUGUGCUCUGCGCCAAAACUGCACGACCAGCGCGUGCGAGACAUCCAGCGACAGGUUCGUGAGUGGAGGAAGGACGGCAGUAAGACCUACAUGUGUACGGGUCGGCCCGGCUGGCUCACCGUAUCUCUCAGAGUGGGGAAAUACAAGAAAACCCACAAGAACAUCAUGAUCAACAUGAUGGACAUUCUGGAGGUGGACACAAAGAGGCAGGUGGUGAGAGUAGAACCGCUGGCCAACAUGGGUCAGGUGACCGCACUACUCACCUCUAUUGGCUGGACACUGCCUGUGCUGCCCGAGCUCGAUGACCUCACUGUGGGUGGUUUGGUGAUGGGUACAGGCAUUGAGUCAUCCUCUCACAUUUACGGGCUGUUUCAGCACAUCUGUGUCGCAUUUGAACUGGUUCUGGCUGAUGGCAGCUUAGUACGCUGCACUGAGGAGGAGAACCCGGACCUGUUCCACGCCGUCCCGUGGUCCUGUGGAACUUUGGGGUUCCUGGUCGCAGCGGAGAUUAAAAUAAUCCCCGCUAAACCCUGGGUGAAGCUGCGCUAUGAGCCGGUCAGAGGGCUGGAGAACAUCUGUAAACGGUUCACUGAAGCAUCGGAGGACAAGCAGAACUCGUUUGUAGAGGGCCUCCAGUACAGUCGGGACACCGCCGUCAUCAUGACGGGAACAUUGACUGACCACGCUGAGCCUGAUAAGAUCAACAGAAUCGGCCUGCACUUUAAACCCUGGUUCUUUAAACACGUGGAGGGCUACCUGAAGGGCGACUACGCAGGAGUUGAAUACAUCCCUCUGAGACAGUACUAUCAUAGACACACACGGAGCAUCUUCUGGGAGCUUCAGGAUAUUAUUCCUUUCGGCAACAACCCAAUAUUUCGUUGGCUUUUUGGAUGGAUGGUUCCUCCGAAGAUCUCACUGUUGAAGCUCACCCAGGGAGAGACCAUCAGGCGGCUUUAUGAACAGCACCACGUGGUCCAGGACAUGCUGGUACCCAUGAAGAAUCUACAGGAUGCCAUCACGCGCUUCCACCAGGACAUCGACGUUUACCCUCUGUGGCUGUGUCCAUUCCUGUUGCCGCCAGGCAGAGGGAUGGUCCACCCUAAAGGUCAAGAGGAGGAGUUGUAUGUGGAUAUUGGGGCUUAUGGAGAGCCCAAAGUCAAACACUUUGAAGCUAAAGCAUCAACGCGUCAGCUGGAGAAGUUUGUUAGAGAUGUGCAUGGGUUCCAGAUGCUGUAUGCAGAUGUGUACAUGAACCGAGAGGAGUUUUGGGAGAUGUUUGACGGACAGCUGUAUCACAGACUGAGAGACGAACUAGGCUGUAAGGAGGCCUUCCCGGAGGUCUACGAUAAAAUCUGUAAAUCUGCCCGACACUGAACCCCAUCACUGGUACCUGACCUCCGCCCUGUGUCACAGAUACACUCAGGCUCUGACUGCAAGUCAUGUUUGCCGGCUGCUUCUGGUUUGGGGAUGUUUCAACAAAAACAAAAAACUGUUUUAUUCAAAGAUACUUUUAAGAAUUUGAAAAUAAGCUUUGCUCACACUACUACAAGCUAAGGUGUUGUUUGUGGCAGCUACACUGUCUUAAGAGGCCCUUCUAUCAAUGUGAGGCAAGAGCACAAGUAUUGUUCUAUUUUUGAGUAUGAUGAAUGUAUUUUAUUUUGCCCUUUUCUGUACACUACAGCUUGUUUCAACAUUCAUGUUCUGAUUCCAUGUGCUGCUUAACUCCCUAUGUGUAACUUGUCCUUGUAGGGAGCAUAUUGCACCAAAUGUUUUUCCCUUCUUCAUUUUUUUGUUGCUGUAAUGUAUGUAUUCGGCCUUAUCGUGACAGAACCUUUGCAUUUCUCUGUACAACAGGUCAGCCUUACCGAGUGCCAUAGACUUUGAAAACAUGACUUCCUGAUUAGCGUCAUAUCCAUAUUUUAAAAUACAUAGGCUACUUUUGUGAUAAAUAUAUGAAGAAAUCAAACAAACUAUAUUGUAAGCUACCUAUUUUGAUAUCAAAAUCACUUAUCACCAGGACCGUGUGAUUGAAUUAAUUAAUUAAAAAUUCUUUUCUGGA